AUGCGUGCCUACUGGUGGCUAUUGCUGCUCCUGAUUGUCGCUGCCCUUCACGACAGCUCGGGCUCCAUCCGAUCACCGACUGAAAACGUACCUGGUGAUCAAUCGUCACUUCACUCUCGUGCUGAGCAGGUGGAGGUCAGCACCAGAAGGCUUUUAAGAGCCAGCUAUAACUUCGCCGAUGCCGACACCAAAGCCAAGGACGCGGGUGGCGAAGAGAGAGUGGGUGUAGGGGUCAUCCUAGCGCACUACGUACAAGAAGGAGCGUCCACUACGGCUAAAGCUGCCAAGAAAGCGGCCGCCGUGGUCGAAACCACGAGUGGGAAGCUCAAGAGACUGGAUCAGUUCGUGUACAUGCGGCUGGAUCCGGCUCGCGAGUAUUCAUUUUUCAACGAGCUUCUCUACACCAAGAAACUGAAUCCGACUGAGGCCAAGGCCAAAAUUUUGGAGGAAUAUGGAGUACUCGGGAAAAAGUUGGCCAAGAGGUACGGCAUGUUUUACACCAACGAGCUGAAGCUAGCCGCCUCCUGA